AUGGCGCUUACACAUGCCAUGUUUGCGAUAGCCGUGUCCUUGGCUCUCCUCUCAUUGUCCAUUGCUCAGGCUCCCUCCCCUGCACCCAGAGGAUCUGCCAAGCCACCAACAACCGCUGCAACACCUUCUCCGAGCAUGUCAACCCCUCCCACCGCCCCAUCUCGGCCUCCGACCUCUUCUACCUCGCCUUCUCCAACGUCUUCUUCCCCAGCUCCGUCACUCUCACCAAGUGCCGGAGGCCCUGGCCCAUCAGCAAGCUCACCACCUUCACCUCCUCCUCCUCCGCCCCAGCCGUCGCCGUCGCCGUCAACCUCACCACAACCUAGUCCACCGCCUUCCCCAACGAGCACAUCUGGACCUUCGCCGCCACUGUCAGCGCCGCCACCGGGAACACCGAAUUCCAACAACACCGCUGCUGUUCAUGGAAGCAGUCUGGCCUUGGCAGCCUUGUGUGGAGGAGCUGCUCUGCUUCUUGCUUAA